AACUAAAAACAACUUAUAAUCUGUUUUGACCAGUUUAUAAACAGACAAACUGUAGAGAAUAGUUUGUUAAAAUAGUUGUUAGUUGGUUACGAGACUGUUAUGGUAGUUACAGCAGUUUUAGAUCAGUUACAUCUCAAUCCAUUCUUGUAUAAAUACUUGCUGGUUCUCCUUUCUUUAAUUGAGAAGUUCUGUUUCAUCAUUAAAUCAUUUCCUUGCCUUUCGUUCUUCUCCACGCUUCCAAGCGUUUUCAUGGUAUCAGAGCAACAACCUGUGAUAAUUUUGACGAACAGGUGAGCUGCAACAAUGGCGAACAAUGAAGAGCAACCGGCUUACAGGCACGAUCCCCUGUUUCUGCACAAUUCUGACCAUCCAGGGAUGGUUCUCACUACGACGAAGCUGACAGGAAUGAAUUUCAUUCCAUGGAGCCGAUCGAUCAAGAUAGCCUUGAUCUCCAAGAUGAAGAUAGGAUUCAUCAAUGGAAAAUCCAGAAAACCAGAUCCAGAUGAUCCAAGCUAUGCGCAGUGGGAGCGCUGUGACAACAUGGUCUUCAGCUGGAUUCUGAAUUCAAUACAAUCAGAUCUAGCAGAAGCUUUUCUAUAUGCGACAUCAUCUGAAGAACUAUGGAAUGAGCUGGAAGAAAGAUUCGGUGAAAGCAAUGGACCUCUGAUUUAUCAAAUCGAGAAGAAGAUCGCAGAUAUAAGACAGAAUAAUGAUUUUGUUGGUGCGUAUUUCACCAAACUCAAGAAGCUUUGGGACGAGUUGGCUAAUGUAACUGAUCCAGCAGUCUGUGAAUGCAAUGGAUGCACAUGUGACGCCAAGAAAAAAUUGGCAGAGGCUGAACAGAAACGAAGACUGGUCAAGUUUCUGAUGGGCCUCAAUGAAGGUUUUGACACCAUCAGAGGCCAGAUAAUGCUCAUUGAACCCUUACCAACAGCCAGUAACGCAUGUAGCCUAGUUCAACAAAUUGAACGGCAAAGGAACAUCAGUGGAAUUCAGACACUUGGUUCUGAAUUAGCAGCAUAUGCUGGGACUGAUAACAUUGAUUCUCACAAUAUGGCUUUGUAUGCUGGGAAAGGACCUGGCCAAAGGCAAAAUGGGUACAAUAAGACAGAUCCAAGGAAGAACAGAAAGAUGUGUGAAUACUGUAAGGAACCUGGACAUUUCAAGGAUCAAUGCUUCAAAUUGAUUGGAUAUCCUGAGUGGUUUAAAGGUCCAAAAGAGAAUGCUACUCUGAAUGCAUAUGCUCAUCUUGCAAGUAAGUUUUGUACCAUAGCCUCUACUGUGUUGGAUUCACAUAGUGCUGAAAUUUGUUGUGUUGGGAGGAACAUAGUUGAUUGGAUUGUGGAUACUGGAGCUUCAGAUCACAUGACUCCUUUUGAAGAUAUCUUGUUUGAUGUUUACGAAUUGCCUAAACCUAUAACAGUUACUCUGCCUGAUGGUAAUCACAAGGCUGUAAACAAAGCAGGAAAGGUGGUUUUGUCUAGUAGUCUGAUUCUGAUGGAUGUUCUUUAUGUUCCUGACUUUCAAUUCAGCUUAAUAUCUAUCCAUUCUGAUCCCAAGGACACUUCUAGCUGCCUGCCAGUACCAGAAGUUGAAGAAGAUACACAAAAUCCUGUGUGUACAGAUAAUCUGAGCAUACAUUCUGAGAAUGCUCAAGUUCCUCAGCCAACUCACUCAGAAGAAGUGCAUCCCAAUACUAUGCCAACAACCAUCAUUAAUGAUGAUGCUGUUUCCUAGCAGACUUGAAUUACCACUCAACAGCUUUUCUUGUCU